AAAGUUUUCAUAUUAGAACGUUAGAACAAAAGAGCUCAUACUCAUAACAAAGCACAAUCUGGGGGGGUUAAGAAGUCACCAUCACCCAUGGCCAUUACAGAGAGAUUGCACAUCGCUGCCGCCCGUGGUUUAAUAUUAGGGUUGGCAUUGCUCUCUUCGAUGGCCCGGUGCAGCUCUGCGAUUGCAUCUGAUUAUUCCGGUGACUUUGUUGGCAUUCGAAGCCGCUUCCUCAUUGGAGCAGCGCCCGCCACCACCACCCCCACUGCAAAGGUUUUCGAUAUUAUAGCCCAUGGUGCCAAAGCUGAUGGCAGGACGGAUAGUACACAAGCAUUCAUGCAGACGUGGGUUAAAGCAUGUCACUCGGGUGGCCCGGCCAAGGUGGUAUUCCCACCGGGGACGUUUUUGACAGGGCCAUUGGUGUAUGCUGGACCGUGUGAUGGGCCAAUGACGGUUGAAAUUCAAGGGACUGUGAAGGCAACAACUGAUAUUACUGAAUAUUCAUCCCCAGAGUGGAUUCUAUUUGAAUCUGUCACUAAGUUGAAUCUCAUUGGUAAGGGAACCUUUGAUGGACAAGGUGCAGAGGCAUGGAAAUAUAAUGAUUGUAGCAAACACCCUCAAUGCAUUCUUCCCCCAACCUCAAUAAAGUUCAACAAGGUAACCCAUGGGUCGAUGGAGGGUUUUACUUCAGUGAACAGCAAAGCGUUCCACAUAUUCGUGGUCUUAAGCCACAAUAUAAAAAUCAACAAUAUACACAUAGUUGCUCCUGGUAAUAGCCCAAACACUGAUGGUGUUCAUAUAAGCCAGACUGAUGUAGUUAACGUUACAAAUAGCAUCAUUGGAACCGGAGAUGAUUGUGUUUCAAUUGGCCAUGGAUCCACCAAUAUCAAUGUUCUCAACAUCACUUGUGGCCCUGGACAUGGCAUCAGUGUGGGAAGCCUUGGGAAAUAUAAAGAUGAGAAGGAAGUACGUGGAAUUUUUGUGUCAAAUUGCACAAUAAGAAACACCACAAAUGGAGUAAGGAUCAAGACAUGGGCUGCUUCACCUCCUGGCCAAGCUACUAGAAUCACCUUCCAAGACAUUGUCUUAGAUAAGGUCCGAAACCCUAUCAUCAUCGAUCAAACUUACGGCUCAAAAAAGAAGAGAAGUCCAUCUCAGGUGAAGAUCAGCGACGUCCAGUUCAAGAACAUUCGAGGCACCACGAUAUCUCCCGUUGCCGUUUCGUUGCAGUGCAGCGCUGCCUUGCCGUGCGACAGUAUUAAAUUGGAACAGAUUGAUGUGGCCUUUUCUGGCUCUCGUUCAAAGCAACCAUUUGGAAAUUCAUGUUUGAAUGCCAAGAUUACAACCAUAGGAAAACAGAACCCACCGGCUUGUGUUUAGCUUUAUGACAAUGUAUAGCUCAAUUUAUAUAAUCAUUCCAUAUUCAUUUAUAACUAAUUGGUUGACUAAGUAUUAUAAUAGUGAGGGUUUCGUUA